CACUGCUGAUAACUUAUCAGUUAUAAGCAUUGGCAACAUGGCAACAAAACUAACCUCCAAGCUUUUACAAUCUUUGUUAUAAUCUGUGCCUUCAAGCGAUUUCACUAAUUUGAAUGCAAACACGUCAAAAUAAAACAAAACGUUUCGGGGAAGUCCUAAAUGACGUGGAAUUUGCAUAUCAGUUUUUAAUCAGGAGAUAGAGUUUUAUUUGUUGUUUGUGUUAGGUACAUACCUAUUUGAUUAGAAAUCAUGGAUGAGGAAUACCCCCAGGGGCGGUGCAUGAUUUGCAACUAUUCGAGAGUCCAAGAAGAUGUUGACCACGAAAGUACUUACGAUCAUAAGUUUAAUUUUAGGCUAUGGGAAUGGAAACACUACAAAAAAGCCUUGGUAAAAAAUAGGCAUGGUAUAUGUUUGGAAAUAAAACAUUUGGGCUGUGGUCAAUCACCAUGUACAUAUGAAGAAAAUGUUAAUAAAGGGCUAUGUGCAAUUACUGUCCAUCCAAAUCAAUAUGAGAAUCACAGACACCAGCUUAUUUUCGAUUGUUUGAUAAAAAAUUCCAGCAAAAACGAAAUAUACAUUACGGAUAUUUAUCUUGUACAUCCCACAAAUUUGUUUCAAAUAUGUGAGGGAAUCGUUUCUACGGGGGGAUAUAUCAAACUUGAAACAGGUGCUCAAUACAAAUUCCAAGUAAAAUAUGCGAAAAACCCUUUAAACAUCGGUAGCAUUCAAAAUCCUGUUUGCAUAAAUUUUCAAAGCAAUGCUGAUCCCAACGCAAACAAACAAAAAUCGCACGAAGAUCAGUUUACCAUUGCUAGAAACUUGUACGUAAAAAUAACUGAAUACACUGAAGAAGCGAUUUCCACUGAAAGAAGUCCUUUCUCCAAUGAAGAUUGGGAAACGAAUAGCGAAGAAAUAAAAGUCGUUCCACCAACGCAACGAUUGAAAUACGUAAAUAAGUACCCAAUCCCCGAUGAUUAUGUUCUACCUUUGAAGUUUGGUUUACGAUUAGCCAGCGGUUUAAAUCACCAACUAAUUCAUACCAUUCAACAGCUAAGGAAUUUGAUGCAACCCAAUCAUGUGACACUACACAAUUACCGAAUGUAUUUCCAUAUUUUGUUGUGGUUAGAGGAAAUGGGCGAAAUUCUGAUGCUGAAAAGAUACAACAUGUCAAAUGUACUUCUUACCGUUAAAUCCGACAUCCUAGAGCUGGAGGUACCAGGUCUGGCUGAAAAAAGGCCGUCUCUUAUAGCGGGAGACAUGAUUGACAUAAGACUUCACGGAGACCACACUUGCUACAGAGGGGUUAUAAAAAAGAUAAACGAUAAGACAAUUGAAAUCGGAUAUAUUCAUGAGCAUUUGAUAAACUACGUAAAAUCAGACCCCAAAACUGAGAUGGAUGUGAGAUUUGUUUUGGGUAGGUUAAAUUUGGAGAGGCAGCAUGAAGGAAUUGAUAGGACGUUUCUUAGUGGCAUGGUCCCUUAUUUGUUUCCCACAAACAACAUAUGCAGACCAAAUACAAUUAGGCACUUGCCGGAUGCAGACUACAUAAAUCAGACGAUCUUAACGAACCAAGAGCAGAAAAAAGCCGUGUCGAGCAUUUUAUACAACAGCUCGGGAAACGUGCCUUACAUCGUCUUCGGACCGCCCGGUACCGGUAAAACCGUCACCAUCGUCGAAGCCAUCCUUCAGCUGAAGCGAAAAACGGACAAAAAGAUACUGGUGUGCGCCCCGGCCAACGCAGCUUGCAACAUGAUAGCUUCGAAGCUGAUGGUCCACUGCAACAGAAGCGAGCUCAUCCGGGUGCACUCAGAAACCCAAGACAUGCAGUCCAUAGAUCGAUAUCUACGCGACUAUAGCAACAUAGAAGCGGGCAUUUUCAUAAAAACAAGUGCGGGCAAGCUGAACACGUAUCGCAUAGUGAUAACCACGUUGGUUCUGGUUGGUCGUUACGUCAACGAUUACAAACCGGACGUUGUGUUUGUGGACGAAGCUGCGCAGGCGUCGGAACCGGAAUGCUCCAUCGCGAUAGGCUUCUUGAAAAACAGCAAGAAGCAGCUGAUUUUGGCGGGGGAUCCCAAGCAGUUGGGUCCCAAUUGCUGCUCCAACGUUGCCGAAAGAUACGGAUACGGCAAAUCUCUAUUAGAGAGGCUUAUGGAAUUUGACAUCUACCAACCCCAAAACCCUAACUACCCCUACUACAUCACUAUGCUAAAACUUAACUUUAGAUGUCACCCGCUUAUUCUUGAAAUACCUAACAAACUGUUUUAUGAGGGUCACUUAAUAGCCAGUUCUACGGCUGCAUUGAAUGACCCUGUUGGGCAGUAUUUUGUUUUCAAUAAGAAUUUGAAGAAAAAGAAAACUAUUGGUGGCAGAGCCAUUGAAUUCUUCAGUGUCAUUUCAAAAGAAAAACGAGAAGGUAGAUCUCCAAGUUAUUUCAAUCCGGCUGAAGUUGAAAUUGUGAUGAAAUACGUUCACGGGUUGUUAACAUCGAGAUUCGAUGUGCAACAGAGUGAUAUUGGAAUCGUAACUCCAUACAUUAGACAGGUCCACAAAAUCAAAUAUAAACUUAAAGAUGCAAACUAUGAAGAAAUAGAAGUCGGAACCACCGAAACAUUCCAGGGACGAGAAAAACGUAUUAUUAUAAUAAGUUGCGUGAGGGCACAGGAUUCCCUGCUAAAGUUUGACAGGGAGUAUAAUUUGGGAUUUGUGCGCAACUCCAAGCGUUUCAAUGUGGCACUUACAAGAGCCAUGAGCAAGUUAAUUGUCAUUGGAUGUCCAUCUGUUUUGUGCAACGAUUCAAAAUGGCUCGAGUACAUCGAGUUAUCUGAAGAAAACGAGGCCUACUUUGGCGCCCCCUUCAUCCGCAGAACCACCGAGGUUAAGGAACAAAUUUCGCGCAGAAUCGGUAACAUACAGUUGAUUGACAGUCAGUUUAGGCACCAGCAGAACAUUUCUUAAGCAAAAAACGACAACUAAGAAUACUUCUUUAUUUUAUAAUUAUUUUUCUUAGCACUCGGUCUUAAAUUGCUACCAUAUUAACAUUUUAAAUCACAGUAUUUAGUGCAUUUUUUUUAAGCAAUUUCAGACCAAAGCUCCAUUAUUUUUUGACAAUAUGUUAUUCUUAUAUUAGAUUUAAAAAUAUAGUUUUUUACUAAUGUUUAAAAUUGGUAUUUUAGUCCUUUAUAUAAAAAAACAAAAGUGAUAAACAAUGUGAUUUUUUAAUUAAAAAAAACAAAAUAUCACCCA